UAGUCGCUGAAGUCUGAAUUUCUAACGCUAGAGGGCGACAGCUUGAUAAACUCAAUUCCUACGCGAUGCAGGCCCACGCCAAUGCCGCGGAAUCACUCACAAGAAAAGACUUUCAACAGACUGUCGUGCCUCCAAUGGCCCUCAAGAAGCGCUAUGUCAAACGCUUUGUGCGUAAGCUCGUCUUUCUGGUGUUGGCCAUUGCCUUCGUCUCGCUGAUCACCACCAUGAUUGUGGAGAAGCGCAUGGUCAAGUCGGUGCAGCAAGAGGACGAUAGCAAGCUUGAUCCCAAUGGAGAUCCCAUAACGCCAGAGUUUAGAGCAGCGAAUGUGCCGCUCACGCGACGCGCACCUCGUCCGCCCUUUCAAGAUCGCAACUCCGUGCAUGAGGCGCCAAAGCAAGAGGAAACUCAAGUGACACACACACAGUUCUUGUUGCCCACAGCGCAGGGUGAGCGUAGAGAUUGGAAUGACCACGUGGCCAUGGAGGCGGACAAGGCACGCACGGGUCCAGGUGAGCACGGGCAGCCUGUAGUAAUCGAGGAUGCUGCCGAAAAGGAAUUGGAAGACAAAUUGUACAAGCUCAAUGGCUUCAAUGCUUUAAUUUCUGAGAAACUCUCAGUGAAUCGCUCAGUGCCCGAUGUGCGACUCGAAGCCUGCAAAACUAGAAAAUAUCUGUCAAAGCUACCGAAUGUCAGCGUCAUUUUCAUAUUCUACAAUGAGCACUUCAAGACGCUGCUGCGUUCCAUCUACAGCGUGAUGAAUCGCACGCCCAAGGAGCUGCUCAAACAGAUUGUGCUGGUGGAUGAUGGCAGUGAGUGGGAGACACUGAAGGGCCCGCUGGACGAGUAUGUUGCCCAACACUUUCCCGGCAUUGUCGACAUAGUGCGCAAUCCAAUUAGAGUUGGAUUAAUAGGCGCACGUCUGGCAGGUGCCAAAGUUGCCAUUGGCGAUGUUAUGGUCUUCUUUGAUUCCCACAUAGAGGUGAAUUACAAUUGGUUGCCACCACUUUUGGAGCCCAUUGUCAUCAAUCCUAAAAUAUCCACUUGUCCCAUUGUGGACAAUAUAGCGCAUGCCAGCUUUGAAUAUACUGGUGGCUAUCAGGAAGGUUCUCGUGGUGGCUUUGACUGGCGCUUUAACUACAAGCAGCUGCCUGUUCUGCCGGAGGAUGCCAUAGACAAGUCUCAGCCAUAUCGUAGUCCUGUAAUGAUGGGCGGACUUUUUGCAAUAAAUAGAGAAUUUUUCUGGAAUCUUGGCGGCUACGAUGAUGGCUUAGAAAUUUGGGGUGCCGAACAGUAUGAGCUUAGCUUCAAGAUCUGGAUGUGCGGUGGCAUGUUGUUGGACGUGCCCUGUUCGCGUGUUGCCCACGUCUUCAGAGGACCCAUGGAUCCACGCCCCAGUCCGCGUAACUACAGUUUUGUAAACAGAAAUCACAAACGUGUGGCUGAGGUUUGGAUGGACGAGUAUAAGGAAUAUAUUUACAAGCGUGAUCCGAUAAAUUAUGAAUCAAUUGAUAUAGGCGACUUGUCGCGUCAGCGUGCGGUGCGAGAGCGUCUACAUUGCAAAUCCUUUGACUGGUACAUGAAGGAGGUUGCGCCUGACUUUCUACUCAAAUUUCCACCUGUUGAGCCACCAAGUUAUGCAUGGGGUGCUAUUCAGAAUUUGCAUUAUACACAGUACUGUCUGGACAAUAUGGGAUUGGGUGGUGAACAGCCCGUGGGCAUGUUUGGUUGUGCUCAAAAUCUCAGUUUUCCUCAGGCGAGUCAGAACUGGAAGUUUGCGAAAAGCCGCGAUAUACGCUUGGCUAACGAUGAUGUCUGUCUGGAUGUGCACGACUCAAAACCAAAUGCAACAGUUUAUAUGUGGAAUUGUCACAAUAUGGGCGGUAAUCAGUUCUGGUAUUAUAACCGCGAGUUACAAUGGAUUGUUCAUGGGGAAAACGGACACAAGUGCCUGGAAGCUUUUGUUGAAGAUGGCAAGCCGCUGGUUGUUCGGAACGAGUGUCAAGAAAAUAAUCCACGACAGCGCUGGCAAUUUGGCAAUGUCAACAAUUCGAUGCUAGACAAUUUCUUUGAAGAUUUGGCCAGAAAUCCUACUUAAGCUCUUUUUUACAUAUAUGCAUACAACCUAAACAAUUGUUGUGAAAUACAAAUCAAGUAUUA